UUCAGUCUGCUGUUGGCUUGCCUUGCGUGUGCCAUCACCUUGCUGAGAGAUUAUUCCAACUACGGUUCCCUCACUCUCCAAUCUGUUUUCCUCUGCGUCCUGUGGCUCGGUGCCACUUCUGAAGCUACAUGCUGCGCUAUAUAAGAGACCCUAGCAGCUUCAAGCAGCUGGGAACGCUUGUACUGUGGUCCAACUCAGAAGCAGCGUACAGGAAACUUUGGUGACUCCCUUCCAGGGAAGACGGUUAUCUCCCCUGCAGGGCAGGGGCUCUGCAAGUGAAGGACAGCACCUGCUCCUGAACCAAACGAUGAUCCUAGCAGAAGGAUGGAUCUUUUCUCUUCUCCUCCUUGGAGCCACCUCUGUUUCAGGUGAGAGGGCUCUGAAGCAAUCCACCAGCAGGAUCCGGAUGGGUCGGAGACCCCCCAGUGCAUUUGCAGGGCACGAUGCAACGAAUCAUGGGGAGUGGACCGCAUGGUUCAAUGUUGAUCAUCCUGGUGGCGCCGGGGAUUACGAGCGCUUAGAAGCCAUCAGGUUUUACUUCAGGGAGAGGGUGUGUCAGAGACCCACGCGAAUUGAAGCGCAAACCACAGACUGGGUUCCUGCAGAGCAGACGGGCCAAGUGGUCCACUCUAGCCCACGGGAGGGAUUCUGGUGUUUGCAUAAGGAGCAGCCUGCAGGAAAAGCCUGCUUGAAUUAUGCUGUACGCUUCCUGUGCCCUACAGGUACUUUGCUGCAAGAUUCAAAAAAGUAUUGGUCUCCAUGGUCGAAAUGGAGUGAGUGCUCAGCAAAGUGUGGCCAAACCGGUGUUCAGAAGCGCGCCAGAACCUGCCUAGCUGAACGCCUCUGGGGCCUGCACUGUAAUGACGCGACUGAGGAGGGGCGGCUCUGCAUUGGACAUGCUUGCUCAGCCUGCAACAUCACUUGCACCAUGGGCCAGGUGAAUGCUGACUGCGAUGCCUGCAUGUGUGAGGACCACGUGCUGCACGGGAUGGUCUCCCUACCAGAUGGUGCGCCGGCCACUGAAGCCACUAUCUACCUGCAGUCCAAGAAGAUGAAACUCUUAACCAGGUCGGACAGAAAAGGGAAGUUUUGGAUUCCUGGAGUGUGCCCGGAUGGCAAAAACAUUCUUAAAAUAAAACAGGCCAAAUACGCAACUGCUACGAUCACCGUGCCCAAAAGCUCCAAGAGACUCUCAACGAUCAACGUGCACCUGAAAAGAGCAGGCAAACCAUACGUUGUAAAGAAUCCGGUGGACAAAGCAAGAAGAGUAGGGCAAAGUGUGGCACUCUGCUGUGACGCUGUUGGGGAUCCUUCACCCAAUCAAUAUAUUUGGUAUCACAAUGGGACUUUGCUGGAUUCCUCUGUGUAUAAAUAUGAUAGUAAGCUGGUGUUAAAGAAUGUGAAGGCAAACCAGGCAGGAGAGUAUUUCUGCAAAGCUAGCAAUGACGCAGGAGCUGUGAAAUCCCAACCCGCCAAACUUUCUGUAAUAGCAAAACAUGAAGCGGCCUGCAAUCCCAGACCCCACAGCUACCUCAUUCGACUCCCACAUGACUGCUUUCAAAACGCGACAAACUCUUUCUACUAUGAUGUUGGUAAAUGUCCAGCAAAGACAUGUGCCGGGAAGUUAGAGAAAGGACUCCGAUGCAGAGACAGCGUUGCUUACUGCUGCGGGGUCUCUAAAAUGGAAAUGCGGGAGAUUUUGUGCAGUGGCUACACACUUCCUACUAAAGUCGCCAUGGAGUGCGACUGCAAAAAAUGCACCGAAACCAAGGUGACUGUUCGGGGAAGAGCCAUAGCUGCAGAUAAUGGUGAACCAAUGAGAUUUGGCCACAUAUACAUGGGGAACACCAGACUCAGCAUGACCGGCUACAAGGGAACUUUCUCCAUCCACAUCCCAGCAGACACUGAGAGACUGGUGCUCACUUUUGUUGACCGCCUCCAAAAAUUUGUGAAUACAACGAAGGUUCUGCCGUUCAAGGAAAAGGGAGGAGCUGUUUUCCAUGAGAUCAAGUUGCUCAGAAAGAAAGCCCCCGUUACUCUAGAGUCCGCUGCAACCAACAUGAUCCCCUUGGGGGACAUGGUCGGAGAUGAUCCAAUAGCUGAACUAGAAAUUCCUCCCAACACAUUUUACAGGCAGAACGGAGAACUCUACACGGGCAAAGUCAAGGCCAGCGUGACGUUCCUUGACCCAAGAAACGUCUCCACCGCCAGCGCGACACAAAGUGACCUGAGCUACAUAAACGAGGAAGGUGACAUGUUCCCACUGCGCACAUAUGGCAUGUUCUCAGUGGACUUCACUGACGAAAGAGGCACGGAGUCUCUUAAUGCAGGUGAAGUAAAGGUCCACCUUGAUGCCGCUCAAGUCAAGAUGCCAGGGCACCUAAAGAAGAUGAAACUGUGGUCACUGAACCCAGAGACGGGAUUAUGGGAGGAAGAAGGGGACUUCAGACUUGAAAAAAGCAGGCGUCGCAAACGGGAGGAAAGAACAUUUUUGGUUGGGAAUAUGGAAAUCAAAGAGAGGCGGCUUUUCAACUUAGAUGUGCCAGAGAGCAGGAGGUGCUACGUCAAAGUACGAGCCUAUAGAAGUGAAAGGUUUCUGCCAAGUGAGCAGAUUGAGGGGGUUGUGGUAUCAGUGAUCAACAUGGAGCCACAGGCAGGUUUUGCAACCAACCCAAGAGCCUGGGGCCGUUUUGACAGUGUGGUCACUGGUCCCAAUGGGGCUUGCCUACCAGCUUUCUGUGACGAUCAAAACCCAGAUGCCUACUCGGCUUACAUCUUGGCAAACCUUGGAGGAGAAGAACUUGAAGCUGUGCCCUCUUCCCCUAAACUCAAUCCAAAUGCCAUUGGUGUCCCACAGCCAUAUCUCAAUAAGCUGAACUACCAAAGGACUGACCAUGAGGAUGCUAAUGUUAAGAAAACGGCCUUCAGGAUCAGCAUGGCCAAACCACAACCAAACACCGCAGAUGAGAGCAACGGCCCCAUUUAUGCCUACACAAACCUCAGAGAAUGUGAGGAAGCUCCAUAUAGCGCAGCCCACUUUCGAUUUUACCGAGUUGAAGGAGGCGAGUAUGACUACAACACAGUUCCCUUCAAUGAAGACGACCCUAUGAGUUGGACUGAAGACUACCUGGCUUGGUGGCCUAAACCCACGGAGUUCAGGGCAUGUUACAUCAAAGUAAAAAUAAAUGGCCCCCAGGAAGUGAACAUCCGAUCUCGCAAUAUGGGCGGCACGCACCCAUACACGGUUGGCCAGCUCUAUGGCAUCAGAGAUGUACGCAGCAUUCGCGAUGUAGACCAGCCCAACCUUUCAACAGCCUGCCUGGAGUUUAAGUGCAGCGGCAUGCUCUAUGACCAAGACCGUGUGGACCGCACGCUUGUACGAAUCAGUCCCCAAGGCAACUGUUACAGAGAAAGUGUCAACAGCAUGCUCCACGAGUACCUAGUCAAUCAUCUUCCCAUGGCUGUGAAUAACGACUCAAGUGAGUACACCAUGGUGGCUCCUCUUGACCCUCUUGGCCAUAAUUAUGGGAUCUACACAGUGACAGACCAGGACCCUAGGAUAGCCAAGGAAAUAGCUCUGGGAAGAUGUUUUGAUGGCACAUCUGAUGGCUCUUCUAGAGUGAUGAAGAGCAACAUAGGCAUAGCAUUAACUUUCAACUGUGCAGAAAGAAAUGCUGCACAGCAAAGCUUAUUCCAGUCUCUGAGGAAUUCGGCCCAGCAGUCCCCACUAGGUUUGCAAAGAGACCGAGCGAGACUCAGAAGGCAACGAGGAAGCCGCAUUGGUCGGGACACAGGGAGAGGAAUUAGCCUAAUCAGAAGUUCAACAAGAGCUCUGUAUUCACCUACACAUUAGAAACGCACCAAACCAUCAAUAAAUAACCCAUACCUGAUACAAUAUAUUCUAAAGAUAUUAUCUACCUGCAAAUACGCUCAUAUAAACAUAUAAGCUCUAAAGAAGCUAGGCAGCCUUACUGAAUUUCUCAAGACAUAAUAAAGGUGCAUACAUUUCUGAUUUUUACAGUGUGCCCCGAAGAAAAGGCAUGAAGCAAAAAAACAUUUGAGGCCAGUAGCACUAGAGGCUUAACAUCCUUUACUAAAUGCAACCAUCAUAAAAUCCUUCUGUCUGAUAUGAAACAGCUUCACACACUUUAGAAUAAAGGGGAAAAAAUCCCAAGGUUAAAUAUUAUACAUAAAAUAUUGUCCUGUGUGCUAAAGACUUUGCCAGCCCAGUUCAUGGACAGUAGUUGAUGACAACUAAAGGACAAAACUGACUUCUUCAUCCUGAAUUCAACUGCAAGAUUUUGUACUUGAAAUGUAAAUAAGAUUUUUUAUUUAUUUCCCUGCUCAUUUUAGACCUACUGUAUGUAUACAUUACUAAUCACACAGUGCAUUUACUUUAAUUCACAUAAUUUGCAGAAUCUGGGAAAAAUAAAUCAAUCACAUGGGUUUUUCAGCUACACUUGGCCAAAGCUACAGUUCUAUUUUGCUUCUUGCAUUAUUCAAGAUGACUCCCCAUUCCACACUAGAGCAGAGUAAUAAAAAGAUCAUUUUUGUAUCUCUGAUUGUGCUGUUCUGCUUCUGUCUUUGGUGCACCUACAUAAGCAUUCAAAUAGUAGAGCUGAGCAAAUAACAAGCAAGGAAUAAUUUGCUGAAUUUCAUCUCCCCCCAGCAUCAAUUGACAAACGCUUCCAAAAUUUUCCAUUUGAGCCAGAUUCUGGCUGUUCCAACAAGGUAGUGUCUAGCUGGGGAAGACUGAUCCACGGAGAACAUGCUAUCUCUGAACUCCAGACAAGUGGCUACCAGCUGGCCCUGCACCCAUCAAAAGCAAUGGGGAAACACACAGAUUCCAGUGAGAGCAAGAUAGCACCACUCAGACCCAUCAAGCAUCCAUCAUCAAGGAUACUACACAGAAAGAAGGGAUUUUCUCAUUCAAUCAUAACCCAAAUUACUUGGGGCUUAUGCAGCCUGACCUCCAGCUGAGCUCAGAUCCUGCUGUGGAGUUUGGACUGAAGCACCUUAGGUCAUUUAUAAAAUAUUCUGCAGGAAAUAGGAAAAAAAGUUAUAUUUUAAAAAAUCCUGCUGUUUGAGCAGGAGUAGCUAAAUGCUACAGUUACCAGUGCACUACAAAAUGUCACGAGAUCUCCUGCUCUGCAUGGUACUGCUUUUACUUUCAUUCAUUAGUCUAUAAGGUACAAAUCUACCCUGCCUUCUGCCUGAUCUCAGACUAACGCAGCUUAUUACCUCGCACUGUCUUUACUUGAAAUUCAAGAUGAGCAUGCACAGUCCACUUGCAACACCCCUCCAGAGUCCAAGUACUGCAGCUCCCCUAAUGAACUGGCAACUUAGCCCUCAAACUAAGCCUCAGUGGAGGGUGAAUGCAUAUGAGGUUUCUGCAAUUUUCCCUGCCCUCUGAAAAGAGAAGAGCUGUUCUGCUUAGCCAGCACUGAUUUCUGAUUACUCAGGCUGCCUUACUUGACCUCGACACUAGGAACUGAAUCAUGCUAAGGUGCUUUAGUAAAACCCUGGCACUUUAUUCCACACCUCAUCAGCGAAUGCCCCACUUCCACUGUGUGUGCUCUGCAAAAAUAAUCACUCCCUCAACACUUACUAGGUUACAUCCCCAUAUACCGAAAGGCUUUCGAAGCACUGCUUUCCGAAACUUGGGCUGAGAUCUUUAGAGGUGCCUGGAGAAUACAGAUACCCAAUUCUCAUUCAUCUCAACCAUCCUGCAAAAGACACUGGAGAUCUUACAAAUCCUCUUUUCUGCCAUACAAUUAUUAUAAUAAAAGUGAUAUUUUUUUCUCAGCCAGUGUUGUACCGAGACACUCAACAACUGAGGAUUUCCUAACCGUGGCUAUAAAAAUGUGUUUUUGCAUGGGAGAAUAAUUUAGUAGCCUCGAGCAAAAUGGUGUUGGUUAAAAACUAAAAUAACAAGCAAAACUGAGUGACAUUGGCUACAGCAAAGCUUAAACAUUAUUCCUGAAUUACAAUGGUGUAUUGAUUUAUUGAAUAGUUAUGGUGAGUUUCAAUAGAGGCUCAAUUGGUCUUUAUGUUUAAAAAAUAUAUAUUUUUUUUCUGCA